UGGUCCCACUUUAGCCGAAAACUGUAACUUAUGUUAUUGUAUCACAAUCCCAACUGAACUUUGUGAGUGAUAGUGAAUUGACUACCAAAUAACUGUAGUGUUGUUCAACAGUGAAAGUGUAUCAAUUGACAUUGAUUGAAAUCUUUACCUUCAAUUUGAAUAAUUAAUUUUUGAGAAUCGUUGCAAGAUGUUGAGUUCGCAUCAACAGCAUCCAGCCUACGGGUUCCUUUCCGGAAUGGAUAUGAAUUCCAUGCACCACAUAUCACAAGAGAUGGCCCAUCAUCAUCAGCAACAUCAGCAGCAGCAGCAACAGCAGCCUCAACAAAUCCAAGAGCAACAUAUCAAGCGACCCAUGAAUGCUUUCAUGGUUUGGUCCCGCAUCCAACGUAAGAAAAUUGCUCUUGAUAAUCCCAAAAUGCACAAUUCUGAAAUCUCCAAACGUCUUGGUGCCGAGUGGAAACUACUAUCAGAAACCGAAAAAAGACCAUUCAUUGAUGAAGCCAAAAGGCUCCGUGCAAUGCAUAUGAAGGAACAUCCGGAUUAUAAAUAUAGACCGAGGAGGAAGCCAAAGGUUCCGAUGUCUGUUGUGUCAGGAAAGCCAGGAUCCAUGAAUCCAGGAGGAUUCCCCAGUUUUCCUUUACCACCUUAUUUCGCUGCUCCAGCUUCUGCUGUCUCUCAUCAUCACACACACCAUCCGCAUCAUCCUCUGGAUUAUCCACCACUACCUAGUUAUUUUGGAUCUGCUUUUGAUGCUGUUCAUCUGGGAAAAUUGGUUUCUGGUGGAGGACACCCAAAUUCUGUAUCAGCGAGUCAAGCGGCUGCGGAUGCAGCAAAUAAUAACGCUUCUGCAGCAGCUGUUGUUAGCAGUUUUUACUCGUCAUUUUACCCCACGAGUACCAAUGCAGGGAAGACACCUUAUGGACAUGGACAAUUCAAUCCACUGUUUUCAACUGCUCAUCAUCCAGUAAGCUCGAACACAUCUUCCUUGAUGUUUUCCAACUCUAUUAUGUCCAACGGAGGAAACUUUGGCACCUCCAGCAGUCCGGGAAGCAGUCCUGGAUCGACACCGAUUUCUUCUUCACAUGCUUCAACUCCAACGACGCCGACAUUAGAUCUGGACCAACUCCGACGACCUGUUCCUGUCAUUUAUUAGAAAUUCUAUUCUAAAUUUGAGAAGGCGAUGGAGAAUUCCGAGGCGAUGUAAGAUUUUGAGAGGUGAUAUAAAGACUGUUAUUUUGUAUUUAUAGUCUCAUUAUAGGAUACAUUGACGGGUCUUACGUUCAUUGGGACUACCUACUUUUAGGGUCAAAAAAUAAUGUACAGGGUAUGCAUUUUUAUACUUUGCAAAAUCAGACCUCUGGAGCAGGAUUUGAAUCAUUUUAUUGUUUUAUUUUGAUUUUAAAUCUUCUCUGCGAAUCUUCAAGUCUCUUUAUUAUAUCAGGAAGUUCUGGGAAAAAUGGAUAUUAUUCUAGAAAAAAUACUGGACGCAUGUGAGAUAUUAUGAAUGAAUAUUAGAAUUUUAAUAUCCAUAUUUCUCAGUAAAAUAUCGACCUCACAUCUUGUGAUCAUAGCAAUUUCAAUCAUUAUGAUUCUCCAACAAAUAUUAAAGUUUCUUAAAGUGUGUUGAAAUAUUGUCAUUAUGUUUUCUUGUAUAAAAAAGAAAUUGGGUAAAAAUUGUUGUCAAAGUGGAUUCCCGUUAACUGUGAUUUCGUUAACAUUUAAGCAUCACUCACCUUUGAAAGUGAUAGUGAAAGUGGAUUUGGGAGAUGAGGAAGUGAGUGUAUCUGUAAAUAGUUUAGAAUAUUAUAAUUAUUGUAUAUGUGCUGCAUGUGUUUAAACUAGGCCUUAUAGCUGAGAAUUCUUUGCCGUUCAGAUUGUAUGAAUUAGCUGCGAAUUAAAUCGUUUCUGAAUUUAUAAUUUAAAUACUUCAAUUUAAGAAUUUCGAUUCUUAUUUUGAAAUAUUGUAAGUAAAGAUAGUUUCACUAAUAAUAUAAUAGUUGCUGGUUCAAUUAUAGGGACGUUUUUAGUGCAACUAUUGAUUUUGUCCACGUGAUAAAUAGGAUGGUAAUCAAUUUCUCCUCACUUUUUAAUUUAUUUAUCAGUACUUGUACAUUAAAAUGACCUUACACUUGUCAUGCUGAGUGUAUUUAUUUUUUGUAGUUGUGAUAAGCGAAUACUUUAUUUCCAAUUUUACUUUAAGUUUUAAAUUCAGAACAAAAAUUAAAAUCAAGUUAAAAUGUCUCCUUGCAUUCUUUCUUUUAGAUUUUGUUAUCUUUUUUUGUUCUGCGAACACGAAAUCAGUAUUACGUAUAGUGUAUAUAUUCUGCGUAUACAUAAACUACGUGUGAGACAAAAAUGGUUCUUUUUUUUUAAAAGUUGGAUGUAAUAUUUGUAUCCGAAAUAGAAAUGACAAGAAGAAUCGAAA